AUGGUUAUUGAUUCCGGAAAAGAGUCGCUUGCGGCCUAUCAUGUUCCAGCUCAGGAGGCGGAAACCCCUAAAACACGGCAAUUGCCGGUAACUCUACUCUCUGGAUUCUUGGGGAGUGGGAAGACAACUCUACUGCAGCACAUUCUUAAAUCGCCAGAUCAUGGCUUGCGGAUUGCUGUCAUUGUCAAUGACAUGAGCCAGCUUAAUAUCGAUGCUGCCCUUAUCAGAAACCACAAGGUCUCUCAAACACAGGAGAAGCUCGUUCAGCUUCAAAAUGGUUGCAUCUGCUGCACUCUCCGUGGUGAUCUGCUUUCCGAACUUGCCCGUCUUACGAAGCUGAAUGAGAUUCAAUAUGUCAUCAUUGAAAGCACGGGCAUCAGUGAGCCUAUGCAGGUUGCCGAGACCUUCACUGCGGAGUUUAGUAGCGCUAUGCUGGAGGCUGAAGAUCAGAUUGGAGAAAAUGAUGAAGAUACAAAAAAGAUCAUCAACGAGAUUGUUGAGAUGGGCGGGUUACAUACCAUCGCUCGUUUGGACACCACAGUGACCGUCAUCGACGCCUUCAACCUCCUCUCGAACUUUGAUACCACCGAGUUCCUUUCAGACCGAUACGGGCGUGAUGAAAUCGUCCCGGAGGAUGAACGAACUAUCUCCGAUCUUAUGGUUGAUCAGAUUGAAUUCGCCGAUGUGCUUAUACUCAACAAGAUCGAGACUAUCGACGAGAAAACCCGGGACAAAAUUAUGCAACUGCUCAAGUUGCUCAACCCCGAUGCCAAGGUCUUGACGUCCAGCUACUCACAAGUGGAUGUGCGUGAGCUUAUCGCGACUAACAAAUUUGACUUUGUUCGCGCUGCCUCGGGUGCUGGGUGGCUUCGCAGCUUGCAUGAAAUGACCAUCCAGACUACUGGUAAUGGCGAUCGUAUGGCGCCCAAGCCGGAGACAUUGGAGUAUGGUAUCAACAACUUUGUCUACACCGCUCGCCGACCUUUUCACCCUCGUCGUCUUUUCUCACUCCUUCAUGAUAAGUUCAUCAUUCUUCAGAGCAAUGAGCUUGAGGAAGAGGAAGAUGAGGAUGAGGACGAGGAUGAAGAAGCAGAAGAUACUGGCGACGAGAUGGAUACAGAUGACGAGUCGCUCGAAGACUUCGAUCAACCUGAUCCGAAAGAUAUUCUGAGCAACAAGCGCAAUCACCCUGCUUUUGGUCCCAUCCUCCGUUCCAAAGGCUUCUUCUGGCUACCAACCCGACCUUACCAAUUUGGCGAAUGGAGCCAAGCUGGCGGCAUGUUGACGGUCGGCUGUGGCGGACCUUGGUUCGCGGAGGUCCCUGAUGAGGAUUGGCCAGAAGACAAGGACGUCCGUGAGUCCAUUCAGAAUGAUUUUCAGGGCCCGUGGGGUGAUCGGAGACAAGAGAUUGUCUUUAUCGGUGAAGGCGUGGAUGAGGCACAGAUAUCAUCUAUUCUAGAUGAGUGUCUAUUUGAUGACAAAGACAUGAAGCAAUGGGAGAAGAUCAUGAAGAGCAAGAAGUUAAGUCGGGAGGCUAAGUGUAAAAAGAUUGCUAGCAUUUGGGAGGAUGGAUGGGAGGAGUGGCCUGCUUUUGAGGCCGAGGACGAGGAGGAGGAGCAGGUUGUUGGUAAGCAUCGCAUUAGCGAGUACCUUGGUAAAGAGAAUAAGGGUCAUAAGCAUAGUCAUCGCUAG